GGCAUUGACCGGUUUACCUCAGACAGGAGAAGCAGAGCAAGCAACCAGCCAAGCUCGUCCCGUGUAGCGGUGUAGACAGUUCGAGAGGAUUCUUGACCGAUCCAUCCCACCUCGCCGCCAGCAGCCGAUCGACCAUGGCCGCGCAGCCGGAGCAGAAGAUGAUGGUGGCGAUCGACGAGAGCGAGUGCAGCAACUACGCGCUCGAAUGGGCCCUGCGCAACCUCGCGCCCCGCCGCCUCGUCCUCUUCACCGUCCAGCCAUUCUCCCCCCUCAACUACGUCCCCGCCGCCGCCGGUUCCCCGCUUGGCCCGUCGGUGGCGUCGCCGGAGCUCAUCAGGUCGGUGAACGAGCACCAGCGGCAGCUCGCCCAGGCGCUCGUCGACAAGGCCAAGGCCAUCUGCGCCGAACACGGGGUUGAUGCUGAGACCAUCAUCGAGGUGGGUGAUCCCAAGGAAACCAUAUGCGAAGCUGCAGAGAAGUUGAAUGUCGAUUUGCUCAUCCUGGGAAGCCACAGCCGUGGACCUAUACAAAGGUUUUUCCUCGGAAGUGUGAGCAACUAUUGUACCCACCACGCAAAGUGUCCCGUUCUUGUCGUGAAGAAGAAAGAAUGAAACACUGCUAUAUAAUGUGCUCCUCCACAUUGUAUGAAGAGCCCAUGACAGGUGUAUCUAUCUGUUGUUUGUUUGUCCUAGUAACGAUGUGCAUAUAAAUAAACCAUACUUGAGAUGCAUAUAUAAAUAAAGAUGCUUGCCAGUUUGAAGCCACACUGUAUUCAUUCAGUACUCAUGUACAUGAACCUAUUCCAAGCGGAAUUUUCAGAGUGAGCAAUUGGUUGUUGGAUACUGAAA